GCAACAAUCUCAUGACACUUGGAACCAUCAUUCUCAUUAGAACUUGAAUUUUUGCCAAAGCAUUGAGGAGGAGUUACACUACAUUCAUCAUGGCAGAAUGGCACGACCCGUCAUGCCGGCGCCUAGACGUCUUCACCAGCGGCGACAUCUCCAGCUGCCUCAGCUGCGGCUCCAUCCAACUCGAUCUCGAUACACCCUCACCACCGGAAACACACGACGAGGAUGAGAAUGCAAUAGACACCGCCGUCUACGAGCCCCUAAAAUCCCAAACAGACAUCCGCCUCCUCACCCUGGAGCCAGGGGAAUUCGCAGACCCCAUCAGAUGCACCCUCGCCCUGAGUAGCACCGCCAGCAUGAUAGACUACGACGCAAUCUCCUACACCUGGGCGAGCGAGGACGGCGCCAUGGCCUGGACGCAGCCCAUCACCCUCGACGGCCGCGCCUUCCUCGUCACGGCCAACUGCGAGACGGCACUGCGGCGCGUCCGCAGCCGCGGCGCGCAGAGGGUCGUCUGGAUCGACGCCGUCUGCAUGAACCAGCAGGACGUCGAGGAGAGGGGCCACCAGGUGCGCCUGAUGCCGCAGAUCUACUCCCGCGCGCAGCGCGUCCUCGUCUACGUCGGGGAGCCGGUGCCCGAGGAGGAGGCGCUCUUCCGCUUCUUGGAUGAUCGGGACACGACGACCCCGGACCUGUCCCGGCGGCUAUCGCUCCAGCAGGCGUUGGAGACGCUGCUUACGCGGCGGUACUUUUCGCGGGCAUGGAUCCUUCAAGAAGUGGCGCUGGCUAGGCGGGCGACGUUGAUAUGCGGGCGGUACGAGAUGCCCUGGUCACGGCUCCAGAUCCCCUCGCUGGCGGAUCGGGGGUUGCUCAUUAACACACAAGAGAAGCCGCGGCUACUGAACGUGCUACAGUUGCCGUCCGUUCUGCAGUUUCGGGCGCCUGCGUACAGGGACUCAAGUGACCUGCUCCGGCUCCUGGACUUGGCGCGCAACAGUCAUGCCUCAGAUCCCAGGGACAAGCUUUUCGCCGUGUAUGGGCUUAUAUCUUGUGCGCAGAGCGAUGGGAUUGUGGCGGACUAUACGAUGUCGGCGAGGGAGGCGUAUAUGCAGAUGGCCAAGUGGAUUGCGCAGAGGUUUGGGAUCCCGGCGUUGCUGCUCAGGUCGUUUCACGUCGGCGAGGUCGGCGAUGAAGCGGAUGAGGAGGAUGAAAUGGUCCAACAGGAGAAACCUGAGAAAUUCAGGAUCCCGUCAUGGACGCCGAAUUGGACGCAUAAGCCCUCUUCGCGAGUUAUGCCAUUGCUUACCGAGAUGUAUGACGAGACUGCAGCAGGAUUUGGUCCAGUCGGCCUCCCAAUCAGUCUGAAGAUGGCUGAAGACUCUCUAGGGUUUCCAGCUUUCAAGCUGGGAAAACUAUGUGAUGUCCUGAGCGAGUACGAUACCCAAGCAAGAAGGGCAAGUCCUCCGGGAUCAGUCGUUGCAGCAAAGCCAUGGCCGUAUACGGUCUUCGAAAUGUCACAUGAGGGCAGGAAUAAGUCGUGCGAUCAGGUGGCAUUUGUUUUUUGGACGCAAGACCCAACGAACCCUCAGCGACCUCAGUUUCCCGAAGUCGAACAAUUGUUUAGGAAGCUUCCAGGCCAUGAUAUCACGGCUUACGAUGCAGGGCGCAGAGAAGAGUAUCAGGACCUUUACGUAUAUCUAGCUCCCAAGGCGGAUAAGUACGAUGGGUUUUCCUUCGAGGAGCCGGGUUCCGUGUCAGUUUGUGUUGACAACCUUUCAUGCGUGUGGAUUCACGAUGGCCUCGACAAACGGGAGACUGAGGGCCGGUUUAGCAAGUACGCGAUCUGCGCCAGAGACCUGGGUCGUGGAGAUAUCCGCAUCGCCGGGUUAUUGCAUAUGGACGGGCUCGUGCAUGAAGGCGUUUGGAAGAGUGGCCAAUUUGAAAAUGUGAGCCUCGUCGGCGAAGAUCUUGGAGCUUUCCCAGCGCGAGGUAACAAGCCCAGGCGCAGCGCGUACUACUGGGAGCGUGAACAGGAGCGCGCACAGUCAGCCCGAACCGGACAACUUGAAGGUGCGGACGCGGCAAAUGUCACGAAUGGCCCCUAGUUAGGUAAAGGGAUUCGUCGAAGGUUUCAAGCAGACGGAAGGAUUUGAUGCCCUAGAAGUGAGGUUUAAGAACAUCAUCGCCAUUCUCGUUGGAAUGAAACAAUACAACCCGACGGAAGUUAUCGGAAGGCUGAAAGCCGCCAAUUCGCAAAAGGGAGUAGCAAUUAUCGCCAUAAGUCGAAUCGGGAAAGGAGCUUGGGCCAGUCGCAGAGAGCUCUGGACUGUCGCAGUGACGCCAACCGAAAUGACAUAUUGAAAAUUUUUCCUCCUUUGCUGAACUGUUGAACGCCUUGACAGCCUCGCUCGGACGGUUAUGUGGUUCGGGGGUUGCAAUGGCAAACGAGGUUGAUGCAGUGAUGCCUGGGGGUUCAUUCGACUCGGUAUUGGAGCAACUACAAAAGGGGCUCCAAGGGGGGUAAAUCGAAUAGUCGCAAGGAAAUCGUAUGCGCGUUGGGGUUCAUGUCUGCGUAGGUUCCGAAUGGCUGGGUAGAGAAGCCUGGGUUUUGCGUAAGGAAUGGAACGUCGUAGCGAGUCUAGCGAAUUACUAGAAGCCUUCCAAAUGCAACUCAUUCCCGGCCGAAAAAUCGUACAGCCAUGGACAUUUUUCGGGCGCAUGUAUUCCUUCGGGGUCGCCUGUAGUCGCCUGCACUUUCCUCCUUGUCGCGCUCGGUGGCUAUUUCCGCGGUUGCUUCCAGUGUUGGUGCCUCAAUCCAAUCCCGGAAGGGACCCCCGGGACUUGCAGCUGUGGCAGGUGUGUGUGCAACAGUGCAACCUCUUGGGCAUGUGGCGUCUCAAGUCGAUCCCGUUCCUGCCCGUUCAUCGAUUCUCGGCGCGCUGGGCGGCAUCGGGUGUUUCGGUUGAUGAUGCAGCCACCGCAGAAUAAGCAUGGAAGCAUGAGCCUAAGGCGACGACAUGCCGCCGGACGGCGCGUGCCUCUUACCUAAGGCACUUUGGACCGGCAAGAGACAUGGAAAGGGAAGAGAAAGAAAUAGCCAUGGCAGGAGCCGCCGGCAAGACGGGAAGGAGAGAAGGAAGAAAGAGCCUAGACUACUAGGACAAUGAAAAGGAAGGAAUGACAGCAAGAGAAGGUAACCCUAGCAGCUGCCCUCGGAAGGGAAGAUACUCAAGGUACCUAGGGUAAGAACCAACUCCAUGCACGUCUCCGUACUUGCCUGAGG